UGGCGCAGUUUCAGGGAACUGAAAAGACAACGGUAUUUGGAGAAGCGACAAGAAAAAAGGAUUUUGGAGAAAGCACGAAAAAAGGCGAAACGAGACGAAAUACGAAAAACGGGGGGUGAUCUGGCGCCGAGGAGGGGGCCUAUUACGUUGAUGAGCGAGUCGACGUGUGAGCAGCGUAUCGCGAUUGAUUUGUGUUAUGAGUCGAAGAUGAACGAAAGGCAAAUCAAGAGUAUCAUAACACAGUUGUCGUUCUGUUACGCAGCGAACCGACGGGUACGGAACCCGUCACAGCUGUAUUUUUUGAGUUUUGGGGGGGUGACCAGGGGGAUGUUCAACUCGAACCCGACCUAUUCCAAUUGGGAUAUUCACUUCGAAACGAAAUCACUCUGCGAGGUGUUCAAAAAGGAUGAUAUCGUUUAUUUGACUGCGGAUUCAGAGAAUAUUCUCGAGAAUUUGGAUAGCUCGAGAGUGUAUGUAAUAGGCGGUCUGUUGGAUCAUAACUCAUUAAAGGGGUAUUGCCUGAACGAGGCGAAUGAAAUGGGUGUGGCACAUGCGCGUUUACCGAUCGAUGACUUCUUUUUUAUUAUUUGUUAUUGUUGUUGUUAUGUGUUAUUUAUUAUUAUUAUUUAUUAUUAUUGUUGUUAUUAUUUGUUA